UUCCCUUUGUUAUGCCUGGGGCCGCUAUAACCCGCAAGCUUUUCAGAGCAAUGUCAUACGCUCACCCGAAUCCGAGAGCCACCUGCAAGGGUCAAAGACAUGGCAGGUCGGGACAAGUCAACAGGCGUCAGGGCAGGGCAGGGCUUGGCGUCGAUCUCGCCCCAGAAAGCAUGGGGGCGAGAAGCAAGUUGAGAAAGGCGGACGAGUUCAAAUACUACCCGACACCUCCCCCUUCCCCCCCCCAGGCCCUUGUUCUAGGUUGCUCUUCACAUGUAGGUGCCUUUUCUAGAGGACUCUUUCGGGAUCACUAGAGCUAGAGCUAGGUAAAAAUGCCUUCUUUGCUUCUGUUGCUUAGCCUCCUGUAUGGAACAUUUCACGGGGCAUCGGCGCAAUGCCCCGAUUACUCCGCUUACGCCAGGGCAACGCAUGAGCCCUUCUCCGAAGGGAGGUAUCAGCUCUCCUACCAGAGACCGACGCCCGAAUGCCGGAAGUUCAACCUGUCGGACGUCGAGAGCACCAUAUUGGACAUGAAAGAAAUCGUUAAGGAUCCUGAUCUCUUCCGGCUAUUCGAGAACACCUUUCCAAAUACGUUGGAUACGACUGUGACAUGGAGAGGGGUUUCGAACAACAAUUCCGCGGAAGAGCUCACCUUCAUCACGACCGGAGAUAUCGUAGCCAUGUGGCUUCGCGAUAGUGCGAACCAGUUACGUAGUUAUAAGUCACUCCUAAAGGCCGACGAGUCUACCGAUUCGUUAGCAUCUCUAUAUCGCGGCGCAAUCAAUUUGCAAGCGCGGUACAUCCUCCGAAACCCGUACUGCAACGCCUUCCAGGCGCCCGUGGAAUCCGGGCUCCCGCCCGAGAAUAAUGGAUGGGCGGACACCGAUCAAGUGAAACCCCCGUAUAGCACGGAUUUCGUCUUCGAAUGCAAGUACGAGCUCGACUCAAUCUCGGCAUUCUUGCAGCUGUCGUACGAUUACUAUGAUAAAACCCGGGAUUCCGAUUUCUUCGGGAAGUUCCAGUGGGCUAAUGCGGUUAAGACGAUACUCGACACCGCCGAGGACCUCCUGAUCGGGACCUACGCCGACGACGGCGCCGUAAACGAGUCGCCGUACACCUUCCGGCGGGCGGCGGACAGCGCGACAGAGACUCUAGCAAACAGCGGGGCCGGAAGUCCCGUUAAGGGAGGGACCGGGCUCGUCCGGAGCGCGUUCCGCCCAUCUGACGACUCGACCAUCUACCAACUGUUUAUUCCCGCCAACAUGCAAUUCUCGAGCUAUCUGGGGAGGUGCGCCCAGAUCAUGAAGGCGCACGAUGCCGGGCUCGCGCAGCGCAUGAGCGACUUCGCGUCUAGUGUGCGGAACGGGAUCGACGCCCACGGGAAAGUACAGCAUGCAGUUUUCGGGGAGAUCUAUGCGUACGAAGUUGACGGGUUCGGGUCGAGCAACCUGAUGGACGACGCCAACGUUCCGAGCCUGCUGGGCGCCCCGGUUAUAGACUUUUUGGAGGCAUCCGACGAGACCUAUCAGAACACGCGCAAGUUCGUCCUCUCAACGUGGAACCCGUACUACAUGCAUGGGCCAGUCCUGAACGGGACGGGGGGCCCUCACGUUGGCCCCGGCAGGGCGUGGCCAAUGUCCAUCAUCACGUCGCUACUGACUUCGGACGACGACGGUGAGAUCGUGGCGGGAUUAGGGAUGCUGGUUUCGUCAACCAAUAGACUGGGCCUGAUCCACGAAUCUGUAGAUACGUUUAACGCAGCGCGGUGGACACGGGAGUGGUUCUCGUGGGCGAAUGGCUUCUUUGGCGAGCUGCUGCUGGUACUGCGGGAGAGGAAGCCGCAUCUGCUCGAGACGAGCUUCCAGCAGCAGCAGUAGAAGUAGGUAGUAGGAGUAGCAGGCUCGAAGCGGCG